AUGGAAAUGAACUUAAAUAUAGAUUUAGGUAUAAGAACUAACAGAAUAUUAAAUGGAAUGUCAGACACAGAAUAUAGAAGAAAACAAACUCUCAUAAGACCUGGUUUGAGAGAUAUCCUUUACGAUGCCGAUUUUUACUAUGUAGACAAUGACAACUCCCGAAUGGAUAGCAGUUCUGAAACACUCAAUACAUAUAAAUCGUAUGGUAAUUCGGAACGUAAGAGGGGUAGCUCUAAUAGCCUAUAUUAUGAUAAUUUUUACGAUGACCAUUAUAAUGAAAAUUGUGAGGAAGAUGAAGUUGAAAGUGAUCAUGCAUAUUAUGCUAAACGUCAUCGUAAAAGACGAAAUAUUGAUAAAAAAUAUAAUGACGAAGAUGAAUUUGACGUAACGGAAUCCUAUAGUUAUAAAAAAAAGAAUUUGGAUGAAUCAGAAGAUGAGGAUAAUAAUUCCUAUGUAGGGGCACUUCCAUUAGCACGAAAAACAUAUGAAUUAAGCAAAUACAAACCUUCAAAUCGAUCUAUAAAUUCAAAUGUAAUCGGUUUAAUUAAGAAAUUGGAUAAAAAUUUUGAAAAUAAUAUGACGAAUCUAAUGAUGAGUCAUAUUGAUCAUACUGCAAUAAAGAAACAUAAAUCCUCAAAAGCUAUGAAAAUGAUGAUUAAAUCCGUUUUUCCAGUUAUAGCUUCCGGGGCACUUGUAAUUGGAUUAUUAAUUAACGGGUUUUCACCAUUAGCUGUUUAUUCAUCAGGGGCGUUAUUUAUAGCUGCAUUAUCAUAUGUUAAUAGAAAAAAUAUCAAAUGUGUAAAAAUGUUAAUUCCCUUCACAAGAAAUAUUUCUUAUAAACAUAAAAAUGCUAUUUCAUAUUAG